UUUAAUGAAUAGUGAAAAUUAUAAGACUGAAAUACAUAAUAUGAUUGAAAACGGAAAGGAUCCAAAAGACAUGGUCAUUUAAAUGUGUCGUCCAUAAUGCAAAUGGUAUGAUGACAAAUACGACAGAUGUGUUAAAGCAUUCCUUUCCUUGAAAAAUGCUGAUCCUGAAAAGAAUUGUGUAUAAUGUUUACUUAUAGUAAGAUGUAUCCUUAUAGAGACUUGGUGACUUGUGUUGAAGCUUGUGUUUAGCCAAAAAUCUAGCACGCUUUAAGAGGAAAUGAGCAUGGUUCAAUAUUUGCAUGAAUUAUAAUGUUAAAUAUAAUUAUCAAUAAAAUAAGAAUAAGC